AUGGGCAAAAAGGGCAAAGGAAAGGGUAACAAGUUGGCCAAGAUGUCCGAGGAGGAGCGGGCCAGAUAUCUGCAAAUGCGCGCUGAUGCCGAAGAGGAAACUCGACGUCGCAAAAUGCAACUGAUUGCCCUCUACAUGAAGAAUAAACUGAAGCGCGAAGAUGCUUUUUGUCGGCUGAACAUGGCCAAAAUCAAUCAGGAAUGGCGCAGCAUCUUGCGUCAAGUGAAGAUUCAAGAUCUACGCCGUGAGAUUGUUGAUGUGGAGCAGUUCUUUAAAGAGGCUCUAAAGCGCAAGGAUCAGGUUAUUCAGCGGCUGAUUGGCGACAUCAACUCCACGGAGGACAUGUACGCUAAUCUGCAGCAGUCGCACAUGGAGAACAUUGAUAAGAUUAUAGAGCUGCAUCGCAGUCGCAUUGAGUUCUUCAGGCAUAUCUACGAGGACGACAAACGAGCGGUGCUCAAGGAGUGGGAUGAGGACUCGAAUGUGUUUAGGAGCAUGCAAACCGAGAAGCAGCAGCAGCUGGAGUGCGUUUUCUACCAGGUGGAGGAGACUACGGACAAGGCGGUCAAGGAUAAUCACGAACGCUACUUGGAUCGUGUCGAGGAUCUGAAGAGUGGCAUGCAAUUGAAGCUGGAACAGAUCACGGGCAAGGGCGAGUCCAAGCUCGAGGCGCUGUGGGAGGAGUAUCAAUCAGUGCUCGCCGGCUAUGGAAAGCACAUCGAAGGUUUCUACUCGGAGUAUGUUGAUCUGAAGCAGCGCGACGAGGAGAGCGCCCAACUGAUCAGUCAACAGAGCUAUGAGAUUGAGCAUCUGAUUGAACAGCUAUCCAAUCUGCGACUGCUCUCGGAGGAGCAGCAAAUCAAGCAGCAGGCACAGCUGGAGCAUCGACAGAGUAUCAAGCAGCAACUCACCGAACGCUUUCGGGAAUUGCGCACCUGUGUUGACAAGGAGCUCGAGGAGGAACACAAGCUCUUCAAGCUGCUUUCCGUGGAGAGUUACGAUGUCAUUGAGACUCUCAAGGGCAUUCUCGUCAAAGGGGAGACUUUGUCCCAGCUGACUCGCAUCUGUGCCAAGAUGGAAACGACGCGGGAGAAAAUGUUCAUGCUGCCACAGCUGUCGCGCGAGAUCAUUGAGAUACGUGAGGUGCAGUCGCCUGCAGAAGAAGAUGCCGUCAGCGAUCCUCUCAAGGAGGAAGUGGCCAUGCUACCGCAGAUGGAGACCUUCUGGCGACGUGUCAACAACGUGGCAGUCGAUGUGGCCUGCCUGAAGCAGCAGAAGCGCCAGCUGGAGGCAACCAAUGCACAGUUGAAGGCGCAGCUGCAGGAGUAUCUGAUCAAUCUGAACAUCAGUAACGGGUCCAAUAGCCAUAUUCAAGGAUAUCUGUCCAAGCGGCCCAAGAGCAUGUCUGUGGAUCGCGUCACUCAGUUGAGACUGCAGCCAAAGCAGGUGAAGAGCGCCAUGGCCACAGCUGGCGGCAGGCGUCCUCUGCAACAAUCUAGGGCACAUGAGAACUAUGUUCCCACGUGUGAGGCAAGGAUUUCGAGCUCAAUGCGAUCUCGUAGCUUGAUGCGGGGCAGACCGCAGUUGGCCAAGAUCGAAAUUAGAACUCAGUUUGCAUAGUUUUUG